AUGAGCAAUCCUCGGCCUUUGGAGGAGGAGGUAUAUGACAUGUCAGGUGCCCGCUUAGCCCUGACACUGUGCGUCACCAAAGCCCGGGAAGGUUCAGAGGCAGACCUGGAUGCUCUGGAACGCAUGUUCCAGCAGCUGGGAUUUGAGAGCACCAUGAAGAGAGACCCCACCGCCCAGCAAUUCCAGGAAGAGCUGGACAAUUUUCAGCAGGCCAUGGAUGCUCGGGAUGACCCCAUCAGCUGUGCUUUUGUGGUGCUCAUGGCACAUGGGUUAGAAGGUCAACUCAAGGGGGAGGACGGACAAAUGGUGGAACUGGAAAACCUUUUCGAGGUUCUGAACAACAAGAACUGCCGGGCCCUGAGAGCCAAGCCUAAGGUGUACAUCGUGCAGGCCUGUCGAGGAGAACAAAGAGACCCUGGUGAAACAGUAAGUGGAGGUGAUAUUGUAAUGAUCACAAAGGACAGUCCCGAGACCAUCCCGACAUACACAGACAUCCUCCACGUCUACUCAACGGUGGAGGGGUACAUCUCAUACAGACACGACAAAGAGGGCUCCUGCUUCAUCCAGACCCUGGUUGAUGUGUUCACAGAGAGGAAGGGACCCAUCCUGGAGCUUCUGACAGAGGUGACCCGGCGGAUGGCAGAAGCAGAGCUGGUUCAGGAAGGAAAACCAAGGAAAGUGAAUCCCGAAAUCCAAAGCACCCUUCGGAAACGGCUCUAUCUGCAGUAA